CACUCAUGGUCAUUACUGGUUCUCCCAGUCACAACAAGGGGGCUUGAGAGGAAAGAAGUCUUCAAGGCCUGAAGCCUGCAAGGCCCUUAUGGAGAGUAAUUUUGAUGUAUGGGAAGAAUCGAGCCCUUUUGUUGCACUGAAGAUAUAUUAUUAGCUGAUGGUAAAAGGAAAAACAUCAAAGCUUUGUAUUUCUCAUCUAUGAAUUUCAUUAACAACACCAAAUGACCUAUGUAACUCUUGGAUUAGAGGAGAAACUCCUAGUCUUUGGGGCCAUCGAGAUCCUGAGUGGAACAAUAAUUCUGGUUCUGGGUGUUUUUCUGGUUUCCCUACAAGGCCUGUUUAAUUUCUUCGGGUACUUCUCUUUCUUUACCUUCUACUCAGGCUACACGAUAUGGGGCCCUAUAUAUUUUAUUUUUACAGGAUCUUCAUCCAUUGAAGCUGGAAGAAUCCCUGAAAGAUUAUUGGUAGAAGUCAAAAUUGGAAGGUACCUUGUUGGUGCUGUAAUCACACUAGUUGGGGUUGUUUUGCUCUCAGUAAAUUUAUUCCUUACUAAUGAGCAGUUGAAGGAUUGCCCAUUGUCAGGAUCGCCAGAGUUAUGCCAUUACAUGGGCACCUCAAACAACGGCCUGCUGUCUCUAAUGCUGAUCUUUACUUUGUUGGAAUUCUGCAUAACUAUCUCUACAGCAACCACAUGGCUGGCACCAACUUUACUGCACAGGGUAUUUUGGCUCCGUCAAGCCAGGAUAUUAAGGGGUAUCAUCUGAAAGCAAGGAAAUUCAACCUCGGAUCUGCAAUAGGUCGCAGCUCCAUCCAAGAACUCAGGAGACCAUGAGCCCAUGAAAUGCAGUCCUACUCUCAGGGCAUGAGAAACUGGGACAUUUUACUCAAUCCUUUCUCCUCUAACUAUGAUCCCACCGGUGUGUCCUGAUUUGGAAGACAAACAUCCUUCUUUAGGCAUUAUUGGUUUUGUAACUUCUGUAUCACACUCCAAGUCUGUUUUGCAAAUCAGUUCUCUUGCUUCUUAACCACCUUCUCCACUGCUUUAUAAAACUUAAAGAAGGCAGACCGAACAAGCCCUGACCCGUGUGUUCUCUCUUCAAUGCAACUUUUACUACCCACUGAGAAAGAAAAUGGGUCAGAUUUUUUUUCAUUACAGAAAAAUGCUUCUGGACUUUAGCUGACAUCAGCAUUGCAAAAUCUGUCAAAUAAAAA